AUGGGCGCCUACAUGGCCGAUGCUGUGAAGAAAUCCCUGAAGGACCCGGUCACCUACAAGUAUUUGAAGAGCGUGAAACAGGGCGCAGCUACAACUGUUUACGCGGUACUAAGCAAGGAGUGGAAGGUCAAAGGUGGCAGAUUCUUAUCUGACUGCCUUGAACAAAAACCACUCCCUGAUGAUAAACCCUGGAAGUCAACGGCACAUGGUGACGGUUAUACGCCGAGGGCUUUCAGCUUAGAGGCUGUGGAUAUGGAGGAUGACCUGGAGGGAGGGAAGUUAUAG